AGUAUCUGUAGGGACAUCGGAAAUUGGUCUUGGCGGGACCUCUUUAGCCAUCAGCCCACACGGACGGAUUGUCCGUGCUGACCUUGUCCCUACAGCGGGAGGACACCGGAGUUGGCGGAACGUAGGCAGCGCCGAAUACAUAUCCCGGAGGGCACGCCAGGCCCGCCAGUUCCGGUGGCCUUUGAAGGGCAGAGCAGCUCAGUUGCUUGUGACGGCCGCAGGAUGGCGUCAAAUGCGAGGACUGCGCCGGCGGCAAAGCCACUGGCCUCCAUGGACCGGCUCUCCCCGAUUGUCUACGUGUACCGACCGCCAACGGCACCCUCCGCAGCGAUCGCCCCGUCCAACCGCGACUCCCAGGGCUCCCCCAAACCUGCCCCAGAGCUCAUCAUCCUCGCAACGUGGAUGGGCGCGCAGGACCGGCACAUCGCAAAGUACGUCGCCCAGUACCAAGCGCUGUAUCCGACGGCGCCCAUCCUGCUGGUGCGCUCCGAGGCCCGGCACUUCCUCCUUCCGCGCGGCUACGGCGGCGGCGGCGCCAGCGAGCUCGCCCCGGCGCUGCCCUUCCUCCGCUCCAUCUUCCCCGAUCUCGGCAGCACCCCCACCCGCCUCCACUCCUCUCGCACUCCGGACCCGAACAACAAAACAACAACCACAUCAUCACCGUCGCCCCCACCCCGCCUGCUGAUCCACGCCUGGUCCAACGGCGGCGCCACCUCCCUGCACAACCUCCGCCGCGCCCUCUCCUCCUCCUCCUUCUCCUCCUCCUCUACCACCAACACCACCAGCACCACCAGCACCACCCCCCCGCCGCUCCUCCCGCGGCACGUGCUCCUCCUGGACUCGACGCCAGGCACCUUCCGGUACGGCGCGACCUACCGCGCCUUCACGGCGGGGCUGGCCGGCCGCCCGCUGGCGCUGUGCCUGGUCGCGCCGCUGGUGCACGCGCUCUGCCUCGCCUACUGGGUGCAGCACGUGCUGCUGGGGCGCGGGCGGACGGGCCCGCUGGUGGCGGUCGCGCGCGGGCUGAACGGCGACAAUGGCGACGGUGGCGGCGGGGGUAGCGGCGACGGCAAGAGCCCGAGGGGCGAGGUGCGCAGGACGUAUAUCUACGGUCCUGGCGACAAGUUGGUGGAUUGGCGGGAUGUGGAGGCGCAUGCCGAUGAGGCGGCCCGGAGGGGGUUUAAGGUCAGGAAGGAGGUGUUUGUUGGGAGCGAGCAUGUCGCGCAUGCCGUGGUGGAUCCGGAGAGGUAUUGGCGGGUUGUGAGGGAGACGUGGGAAGGGGUGGGGAGGUGGAGUUGAAGUUCGGACGGGAGGGGACGAGAUCGAGCGGAUGCGAACACGGUUAGA